AUGGCUACCGACGCUGUCUACACCGGCCCCUCGGUCGGCACCAUGAUCAACACCCACACGCUGGCCAGCGAAAUCAUCGCCCGCCACGGCACCGGCGCCGAGGCCGUCCUCGACGACGACAACAUCCGCCAGCUGCGCCGCUACCUGGACGCGCCCGACGGCGAGAAGCGCGCCGUGCUGGCCAAGACGGGCACCGACAACGUCGACACGGCCCUCGCCAAGGUGCACGAGGGCGGGUACACGCUGAUUGACUAUGCGGCGCUGGCGCGCGGCUCGGCCAAGGCCGCCUUCACCGACGACGAGGAGGCGGCGCUCCGGUCGUGGCUGCAAGGCGGCGGCGGGGCGCCGCAGGACAGCUAG